GUAAACAUUAAAACACAGAAAAAUGACACCGAUGACGGCGGAUCAAGUGGAGAGAGCGGAGAGAGAGGUAAUGAGAUACGCAACAGAGGGAAUCCACUACUACAACGACGAGGAGCUGGAUUUGUUACGACAAAGAGCGCCGGCGUACUUUGACACGAGGGUUGACGUUCAGCAGUCAGUGGCGGCAAACGGAGACAUGUCAACGAGAGCACAGCAGUUGCUGCUGUGUUUAUCUCAAAAUGCCGACGUGCAUGACGACCACAUCAUGACGGAGUGCUCUGCGAACACUCUUCACGGAGUUGUGGACUGGAUGUGCAACGACCAAGACAUCGACAUGACGAAAAGAGAGGGAGGAGGUUCGUACGACACGGCGGCGUUCAAGAAAUUUGUGAGAUCCCAGGCGAGGGAAAAUCAAAUGUUGAAGACAGUGGGUGGUGAAGAAUUGAACCCGAACGCUGCGGACAUAUUGGCGCUGAGCAGGAUGAGCGAGGAAGCACAAAGAGAUUCUGUCGACUACCAUGAACUGGCGACAAUGGUGGUGGACGGUGUCGAGUAUAUGCUACUUGACCAGAUUGUGGACUUCAUGAAGAGUGGAGGCGAGGACAAGAACCUCAUUCACGAGGCAUUGCAUGAGGUGACGGAGGACGCAAUAGCAGCAGCGGAGGUUGUCGAUGUCGAGUGCGUAAAGGAUCGCACAAUCGACCUUCUAUCGGGAGAUCCUGUGCCCCGAGGGAACAUAUUCAAGGCUGUAGAGGAGCUCACCACGGCAUUGACAGAUGUGGACAGGAGGAGGAAGAGAAAGCAAGGAUGGGAAAUCGUUACUGUCCAUGGCGGAUUCAGAGAGUGGAGAUUGGCACCCAUACGUCCUUCACGUGACUUCAACGAAGGGGGUGAACAACCGCCUCGACAGGGAGAUGAUGCGGUGGUUCAUUCUGAUGACAAGGGCGAUGCGCAGACACGACCGCAGCAAGAGAACCCGGCUUUACGGGACUUGGAGGUGAGUGGCAGUGAUAUCAGCAGCGACGAGGAGGGCGAGGAAUACGACCCUUACUGGGACGUAAAGCGAGGUGGUGGUCAAGCCACGAAAGGCUGAUGUCAUGCGAUUAUGAGGUUGGCACGUUAUUUCUCGAAACCGCACCCAUUGAUACG